AUGGAAGGUGAGACAACGAAGUGUCGCAGGCGCACUGUGGGAAUAUUCGGUCCCGCGGAUACGCACGUCAAAGACCUUUAUGUAACAGAAGGUCAAUUGAGUAAGGCCGGCCAGGGGGAGAUCAACGUACUACAGGCGCGCAAUGCUUCUAAGCUAAUAAGACACAGCUUGGAAGACGUGCUCUCUACAACGUGCUCGGCAUGCAAUGAAGGGUUCGACACGAUGCAGGGCCUCUCCGCACAUCAAAGCAUGAGCAAAAAAUGUGCAUGGUAUAAAAAGGGGAAAUUAAAGGAGGUAUUCAACUUCGACAAUUUCGAAGAUUCCGACGAUGAAGGCCCUCAGGAUGCGAAUAGACUAGGACUGUCGUCCAGCCAUGUUGACCCAGACGACAGAGGCGAAGGUGGAAGCGAUUUGACUAUGCGCGCAGAAGUUGAUCGUCGCAGGACCCCCAUCAACUCCCCACCUUCUUCAGAUGAAGACCCAGAGGAUGUCGCUGACCUCGGGUCCGUCUACGACUUUAUCAAGGUCUCUGCACCAAGACCGGAAGGUCCCUCAAACGCUGGCGGACUGUCUUCUAGUCACUCCAGAUGA